AAUUGAAUUGAACCGUUGUAAAUAUGCUUCUUAAGACGACUGACCUUCCCGUCGGUUAUCUCGCGCGAGAGACUCAAAAGAGGCGUUCUAAUACCGGCACAGGAGAAUAUAGAGAAAUUAGAGAAGGUUGUGAAUGAUGGCAAUUGCUAUGGGGCUCCACAGAUGUACAAGUCUAUCAGUGCUUUUACAGUAACUGUUGUUUCUAAACUUUCGUUUAAUUUGGGUCCGUUAACUGACCUUUUCAACCUUUUCUUUUACAUGUGAUUUUCUCUUACAUUCCUAGUUUCAGAAACGGAUCUUAUAAAACAUUUCACAUUUUCUAUUAUUCUGAUACAUGUCGAGCCAUCAAAAGAUGAUGAUUUGACUGAAAAUAACAAUUUCAAAAUUGCUUCUCUGGAGUGAUCUGUGCAAGACGUGUUUUACGAAAUCUUACCUGCAACCAACACCUACACAAUCUGCAUAUGCCUGAGGAUGAUGUGAAUUCCCCCUUACAAAUAUGAGAAGGUAUGUAAUAACUCAGAGAGAUUCUGAAGCGUUGGAUAUUCUCCAAUCAGGGUCAUGGCUUCAGUUGCAACAAGGCCAGAGAGGUGCUUUGCCACUAUUUAAUAUGCUGAGAGUGAAUUAUAAAUCAAGUCUAGCUAGAGAACCUGCAUAUAUAAUGAGCUACAGGAACAAAAAUCUCUACCUGCUGAUAAUUUCUCAUAUUCAUUUGCUGAGGAAAUCAUGCAUUGCUCAAUUUCUUGAGUUUCUGGGCUUAUGGAGAUGUUUUUCAAGAUCACGUCCACCCUCACGAUCUCAACUUCUGUGAAAAGGAAGCCAUACACCUAAAUGGCCGUGAAGAAAUCUUUUGCAGUGCGCGCUUGGAAUCAUUGGAUGGUGCUAGCUUCUACUAUUGCGGUGAGUGUUAUUUCUUUCUUCACAAGACCUGUGCGGAGUUGCCCACUAUGAUUAAACACCCCUCACACCGUAAACACCCUUUGAUUCUUCGCCCGAGUCCAAUUAAUGGUUCUAGUCCUUCUUACUGUGGUAUGUGUGGGCUUGACCUUUUGAGCUUCGUUUACAAUUGCUAUGAUUGCAACUCUGACAUUGAUAUCGGUUGCGCUAAGCUUGCACGGUGCUUCAUUCAACCUGAAAGUCACAAGCAUCAUUUCACUAAGUGGAGUAUGUCUGAUCCAUUUACAUGUUUCUUCUGUGGCACAUAUAGUGAUCGAUCUGGACUCUUGUUAGGAAAUUGGCUACCUUCUAUUUGCACUAAUUGUCAGGUUGUUGUUCACACUAAAUGUAUAUCAUUGCCAUUCACAGUCCAUUUACCACAACAUGAUCACCCCCUCAUCCACACUUAUUGCAUUCCUGAAAGUCAAUCUAUUGCUUUAAUUUGUGGAAUUUGUGAUAGGGAAGUGAACAGAGAAUUUGGAUGUUAUUCUUGUCAAAAUUGUCCGUGUAUUGUCCAUGCCAACUGUGCACUGAACAAUGUAGAAGAGGUGGGACAAAAGUUCUGGGCGGAAGGAAUUGAGACAAUAGAGGACGAAUUACUUGAGCAAGAGAUUGAACAUUUCAGUCAUCCUCGUCAUAAAUUAUUUCUGGUACAAAAUCAUGAUGAUGCUCAUGAGAUUGAAACAAAAUGCGAUGGGUGCAUGAGUCUAAUCUCUUGUCCUUUUUACAAAUGUCUAGAAUGUGAUUUUUCUCUCCACAUCAGCUGUUCCAAAUUACCAAAACAAAUCAAUCACCCACUUCACAAAAAACACCCCUUAACCCUUGUUCCAAACGAUGACAAUUUCGUCUUCCAUUGUUGGGCUUGUUGGAAUUGGUGUCAUGGCUUGUCCUAUCGUUGUCUAACUUGUAACUACUUCAGAAUUGAUGUCCGGUGUGCUUUAGUCAAUCCUUUAGAAUUCUACCAUGAUAGUCAUGAGCACCCCCUCAGUAUAUACACCGAAAGCAAUAACUGUGCACAAUGUAUUUCUUGCGGCAAGCAUCGCUGGACAUGCUUGUUCCUCCAAUGCAAAGAAGAAUGUCCCUUCGCAUUAGACUAUAGAUGCGCCACACUACCACGUACAUUCAAGUAUGAGUACGAUGAACAUCCUCUUGUCCUCUCAUACCAACAAAAUGAUGAUUCUAAUGGGUAUCUUUAUUGUGAUAUUUGUGACCAAAAUAGAGAUCCUAAUCAUUGGUUUUACGGUUGUCCAAAUUAUACCGAGUGUCCGAAUUAUGUUCAUCCCAAAUGUGCUCAUGGUAACUACCUCUACGUCAAGCUAGGAACCAGUAUCAAGGCUCCCAAUUUGCACGAACACGAGCUCUUUUUCAUCUCAAGGGAGCAAGAUUUCCUUCCAUGCUACUUGUGCAGCAAGAAGGAUCAAGAACUGUCCGUUGAAUGUCACAUGGAAGACUGCAACUUUAGCGUUCAUUGCGAUUGUGCCUUCUUAAAACCGUAAAACGGUUAUUCUUAAGACUAGUUAGGAGUCUGUACAAUACUGGGGAUGGCCUUGCAAGGAUCAUCCCAUGUAUUGAGUGUUCUGAUUGCAUAUUCAUGGCUGCUGCAGCUUUGUGUUAUUUAUUCUUUCAAGGUAAUUGAAUGCUUCUCUUGACUGAAUGCAUGGAAGCUGCAGUUUGUGUUAUUUAUUCUUUCGAGGAAAUUGAAUGGUCCUCUUCUCUGCC